AUGAGUUUCCUCGCCGAAUGGAAGCCUUUGGCCCCAGCCACGGACGAGGAAAUAUUUAGCACAGGAGGCAGUAUCAAAGAUGAGUUCACCGAAUAUAUUUCUGAGGAUACUUGUUUUGAAAUUAAGGAAGAACAUGAAGCAUAUGGAAAAGAUUCAUAUAACUUGGUUCAGGAUCGUGAUGACAUAUUAAGACCGCCAUUAAUAUUAUAUAAUUAUGGGAACAGAGGUUCAUCAGAUGGGGAUCAAGCGAUGCACAAAGAAAGUCGUAAAGAGUAUACAGAUCUUAUCAAUAAUCAUAUAAUAGUCCACCCAAAAGAGAAGCCAUAUAGCUGUGAAAUCUGCAAUAAGCUCUUCUCAAAGAAAUUUAAACUAGUGUACCAUAUGAGAGUACAUACUAAGGAGAAGACAUACAGCUGUGAGAGACAUAAACGGAGAAACCAUACAGCUGCGAUUGCAGCAAGGCUUACUCGCAGAAGCGUAGUACUAGUGAACCAUCUGAGAGUGCACACACACGGGAAGCCAUACAGCUGUGAAAUUUGUAACAAGGCCUUCUCGGCGAAAAAAAAUCUAGUGAGCCAUAUGAGAAAACAUACAAAGGAGAAGCCAUACAGCUGUGAAAUUUGCAAUAAGAUCUUCUCAAAGAAAUUUAAACUAGUGUACAUAUGCGAGGUACAUACUAAGGGAGAGCCACCCUUUGUGAUUUGCAAGAAUGCCUUCUCGGAGAAAGGUAAUUCUAGUGAGGCAUUGAGAAUACAUAAAGGAGAAAGCCAUACAGCUGUGAGAUUUGCAAUAAGGCGUUCUUCCAAAUGUGAUCUUAGUAAGGCAUAUCCGAAUACAUCAAAUGAGAACCGUACAGUUGUGAGAUUUGCAACAAGGCCUUCUCAAGGAAAUAUUUAUCUAGUGUGCCAUUGA